CGCGGCGUGAUUUACAUCGCUCGCAUCCCUCCCCGAAUGACUCCAACCAAGCUGAAAGCACUAAUGGAAGACUUCGGUGUCACCCGUAUCUAUUUGGUGGAAGAAGACGCUUCCGUCCGCAAACGUCGUCGAAAGCUCACCGGAAAUGCCUCUAAACGCUACAAGGAAGGCUGGAUUGAGUUCGAAUCCAAAAAAGUCGCCAAACAUGUAGCUGCUAAUAUGAACAAUACCCCAAUGAGUGGACAAAAGCGUUCGCACCACCAUGAUGAUCUUUGGAAUCUCAAAUAUUUGUCGAAAUUCCAAUGGAGCCAUUUGACGGAAAAGGUUGCCUACGAGCGUCGAGUGCGGGAGCAGAAAUUGCGACUCGAAACGAUGCAAGCCCGUCGUGAAACAGCUUCCUACAAACAUCUGGUGGAAACGGGUAAAAAAGUCGACCGGAUCGAAGCCCGCAAGCGCAAACGA